AUGCCAGUUCAACACCUGUUUCCUUGCCCACUCCUCCCAGCAGGAUUUCCAGUUUCCAAACCAAACAUCCUCUCCCAGCUGGAACAAGGGGAGGAGCUGUGGGUCCCUGAUCUCCAGGGCCACGAGGAAAGGGAGAGCCCAAGCAAUGCCCACACAGGUGAUGGGACAGUGAAUGAGAUCGAGGAGGAGAAUCCUCAGGAGGAAGGUCCUGAGCGAGUGGAACUGCAGGGGACGGUAUCGGGAAGAGGUGAAGGAGAUGUUUCCCAGAGUCCUGAGGAGAGAAAGGCCUGUGAGAGUCAGAGCAGCACAGAGAAGCAUCAGGGAAACCACUCAGAAAGGAGAUGGAGUAAAUCCACUCACAGAGGCAGAGGAGUCCAGAAAUUCAAAGAAACUAUUCAACAGAGAAUCCCCAUUAGAGAGAGACCCUACAAGUGCAGUUACUGUGGGAAAAGCUUCCAGUACAGAUCAGAACUUCUAGCACAUCAGAUAUUCCACACAGGAGAGAAACCCUAUGAAUGUCCUCACUGUGGAAAAAGUUUCAGUCAGAGCUCAGCCCUUAUUCAACAUCAGAGAAUCCACACAGGAGAGAAACCCUACAAAUGUAAUGAGUGCAGGAAAAGCUUCCGUUUGGGCUCAGACCUUCUAGCACAUCAGAGAAUCCAUACAGGAGAAAAACCCUAUGAAUGCCCUGACUGUGGAAAAAGCUUUCGACGGUGCUCAACCCUUGUUUCCCAUAAGAGAAUCCACACAGGAGAGAAACCCUACAAAUGUAAUGAGUGCGGGAAAAGCUUCCGUUUGGGCCCAGACCUUUUAGCACAUCAGAGGAUCCAUACAGGAGAGAAACCCUAUGAAUGCCCUGACUGUGAAAAAAGCUAUCGACAGCACUCAGCCCUUGUUUGCCAUCAGAGAACCCACACGGGAGAGAAACCCUUUAAAUGCCCCCAAUGUGAGAAAAGAUUCACUAGGAAGUCACACCUUAAUCAACAUCAGAGAACCCACACGGGAGAGAAGCCCUACGAAUGCCCUGACUGCCAGAAAAGCUUCAGUCAGAGCUCAAGCCUUAUUCAACAUCAGAGAAUCCACACAGGAGAGAAACCCUAUAAGUGCCAUGACUGUGGGAAAGACUUCUGUGACAGAUCAAGCCUCCGCAGACACCAGAGGAUCCACACAGGAGAGAAACCCUAUAAGUGCCAUGACUGUGAGAAAAGGUUCAGUCGGAACUCAAGGCUUAUUGGACAUCAGAGAACCCACACAGAAAAGAAACCAAAUAAGUGCCAUGAGAGUGGGAAAGGCUAUUAUGAUAGCUCAAGCCUCAGCAGACACCAGAGAAUCCACACAUGACACAAACCCUAGAAAUGUCUUGGCUGAGGAUGGGCUAUGUCAGUAAAACCUUUGCCGAUUCCCACAUAUCUAAGCAGGUCAGGCCAGGCUGAAGUGGCCCUGUAAUGAGGACAUGUCAUUGUACUUAAAGCAGAGAGUAGAAUCACUUUUCUGGAACAGAGCUGGCACAGCAAGAGGCUGGCCUGAGAUAAUCAAAUCCCAUCGCAACAUGGGACUCUUAUUACUUCUGGAGAAGCUCUCAACAUCCUCUAUUCAGGUCCUACAUUUAAAUUUUGAGUUCUACACCUAGGACCCUAUUUUUAUCAUAUACUGGGACUUCUAAUUUCUUCUUGAUAGUGUUUUAGGCUGGGAUCCACUAGAGGACUUGGGCGCUGGGACACUGAACAUUCCAACACAUACAUUUUAGGCACCUAGAAGAUCACAGGAACAAAACUGAGAUCCAUAAACCCAAAUCAAGUGACUAGGCUCUCAGUACAAUCAAUUGGGUGAGAUGGGCAUCUUAGAACUGGAUUCACAAUAGAAUCAGAAUAAUAGAAUAUCAGGGUUGGAAGGGACCUCAGGAGGUCAUCUAGUCCAAACGCCUGCUCAAAGCAGGACCAAUCCCCAGACAGAUUUUUGCCCCAGAUCCCUAAAUGGCCCCCUCAAGUGGGUGGGAAGCCACUUUAUCUAGCCAACAAGAGAUGCCAACAAGGGGUAUGUCCUAAACCCUGCCCCUCUGACAGAGAUAGGCACCUAUCUCUGUUUGUGCUUUAUGAACUAGUGAAAUUAGACACUUCCCUGCCAGUGAAACCCAUCCCAGUAUGCUUGUUCAGAGGCCAGCUAACUUCCCACAAAACACUGGGGGUGGGGGUGGUAGAAACUCACUCAUAACCUUUAACCCCGUGGUUGGGGUACUCGCACACAAUGUGGGACGGCCCCAGUUCAAGUCCCUCUUCCACUUGAUGAAGCAAAGUGAUAUGAACAGGGUCAUCUGCCUUUCAGGACAGUGCCCUAACCAGUAAGGGUAUGUCUACAGAGCAGCUAGCCACCCCCAGCUGGCCUGUGCUAGCUGACUUGGGCAUGCUGGGCUGUUUCAUUGCUGUGUAGAUAUCCAGGUUUGGGCUAGACCCUGAGCUCUGGGACCCUCCCACCUCACAGAAUCCUAGAGUCCUUGCUCCAGCCUGAUCCCAGAAAUCUACAUGCAAGGAAGGAGCCCCCCAGCCUGAGCCCCUCAAGCCCAAGGCAGCUGGCACGGCCAGUCACAUUUUGUUGUUGUUGUAUAGACAUACCCUGAGCUAAUGAAUAUUCUGAUGUGGGACUGAGUCAGUCUCUCCCGGUGAAGCAUUUCCCGUGUGUAAAUAUUUAAAUAGUAACGUGGCCAUAGAGAGCGAGAGAGUGACUGACUCUGCAGCCUGGGGGUUAGGGCAUCUGCUGUUAAAGUGGGCUGACCUUGUGUUUAGUCCUCAUAUUCCAAUGACUCUUUAAGUUUCCCUGAAGACUGUAGCCAGUAUAUGUACAGAGAUGUGAAGUAAGGCAGUAAUGCAGUAGACUACAGGUCUUAAACCUGUAAGACAGUAGCUGAGGCCUAAGGUCAAAGCCUUCACAUAAGCAGCUAACCCAUAAAUAACUUUACAUUAUAAGAUGUCACAAGCUAGAGUAAUAUUAUAAGUAAGUGUUGCUAAAUUGCUGAUAGGUGACCACAAGCAGCCUGUUUAUACCAGCUUCAGGUAUUUUUAAGUUAGGAAUAUCAGCAGAUGUUUACCAGAAUCCCAUGGUAACUAACAGACAUAUAUGCUAAUAAGUUUGAGGUAAUGGAUUUUGUGAGCUUUGGAAGAAGGGCACCCCAACACUGAUAGGGUGAGGAAAUACGGAUUAGGAAAAGAGGUAGAAAUCACUAUUUAAAAUGCAUUGGUAUGACCAGCAUUAGCUAACCUUUGAGAAAAGGUGGAACUUGGCCUGUCCACUCCAGGGAGGUUUUCCUGGAACCUGUCAGGCCAAAGGACCACUUGUGGGUCCUCUAAGCUAGUUGGGGGCUUCCUAGCAAAAGAUGGUGUGAGUAUGCAAAUGAUCUCAUGCCAGAGAUUGUCACAUUUUAUAUUGCCUCUAUUUACUGUGCUAAGUGUAGUGCUUGUGACCGUAGUAUUGCACUAACAAAGCUGUUACAAAUUCAGAAGGUCUUUCCGAGGUGUCUGUGUCUCUGCCCUACCUGCAGGGGUCCUCACUAUCAAAAGGACUGUGAUAUUGUUCCUAAGACAGAAGCAGAACUCAGUCAAAUAAGAGUUGUUGCACUGGGAAAUCUAAAUAACCAAUAAAUCAGGCAACAAGACAGACUGCUAAGUCUUACCGAAGAAGAAGAAGACUGCACACCAAACAACAGAAGGAAGGAUGAGAACUUCCACCUGCUUAAAAAUUCAGAAAGGUUUAGGAAAUCAAUGCUUAUUGCUAAAAUUGCAUGGGUAAUCUCUGUGCUUGGAAGGAAGUCAGAAUUUGGCCUUCAGAAGCCUACUUAUUGUUGUCCUAGAACAAUGAACACAUAGGAGUUCAGAUCUAUUUCAUAACACCAAAGUUUUGGGCUGGUUGGAGUUCUUAACUGGAAAAUACCAAAGAUGUAUCUAUCUAACAACUUCCAUCAAGCUAUGAAAAAUAUCCUAGUUUCAAAUGAUGCAAAAGAAAAGAAUUGCAGUAGAACUAGUUUUAAAAAAUAGCGCCAACAAGCAGUUUAAAAUGGGGAAAAUGAAAUUCUAGGAUUUGAAUCUGACAUCAUUGUGGCUACAGCUGAUUUGGUACUGAUUAAAAGAGCAUGCAUUCACCUGUAAUUGUCAUUUAUUGUUCACAUGUUGUGUGUGUAGUGCUGAGCUACUUUGCUUGGCUUACUAAAUUAUUUGGCUUACUGAUUAAAAGAGCUACUCUUCAAAUCUUUGGUUUGAUGAGGCCAUAAUUAAAUCUCAGCUGUACUUACUGUGUUAUCAGUGCUCUAUGAAAAUUCAUCUUUUGAUGGUUAAUUUAGUUUUAUUGUCAUCUUUCAAUUCAAUUCCUAACCUGAAGUGCUGCUGACAAUUGAUCACUACCCAUUGAGCCUGAUGAUCUAGCCAGCUUUCUAUCCACUUUAUAGUCCAUUCAUCCAGCCCAUACUUCUUUAACUUGCCGGCAAGAAUACUGUGGGAGACUGU